AAGGUCGUCAAAAUGUGAUUGUAUUUCCCGUCCAUUACACGUGUGAGUACGAGUACGAGUGCUUGUGGUCAAGUAUUAAACAUUCUGAAACAAAAGCUUAAGACAAGAGAAUUCAAGACCUUCACAACAUCAGAUCAAGCUAUUAACGAAGAGCCCUGACAAGAAUGCUUCGCAGUCGUAACCAGAAGGAGGGGCCUCCAGUGUUCAGUCACGAGUUUGUCAUCCAAAACCAUGCUGACAUUAUAUCGUGCGUGUGUAUGGUCGUCUUCAUGGGACUAAUACCACAGUUUACUAACCCGCUCGCUUCUAGUAUCAUCUUUGUCCAAUACAACAAAACCUUGGAACUGGAAGUAGAUGAAUCAGACGGCCCUACAUUGCGACUGGACAACAAGCCAUUGCCGCAGACCUUCUACCAGCAUGGUUGGCGAGACUUGCUCAAUAUUGUGUUCUACUCUUUUGUCUGGGUCAUUAUCCACGCUCUCCUGCAGGAGUACAUCUGGGAGAAAACUGCCAAGAGACUGCGACUGUCAAAACUGAAACUGUCCAAGUAUUACGACUCUGGUAGUCUGGUGGUGUUCUAUCUAGUCUCUGUCGUGUGGGGAAUAGAUCACAUCAUCAAGGCUGGCUAUCUGCUCAGCCCCCAGUCGCUAUGGGAACAGUACCCUCACACGGACAUGCCCCUAUCCCUCAAAUUCUACAUGCUCACCCAGAUGGCCUUCUGGCUUCACUGCUACCCAGAACUGUAUUUCAUGAAGACAAAGAAGGAGAAGAUCUAUUCAAAGAUAGUUCUCUAUACCUCUUCUCUGCUGAUGAUUGGGGGAGCUUAUUUUAUGCAACUUCAGCGACUUGCUCUUGUUCUACUGGUCCUCCAUUAUUCGGUUGAAUUUCUCUUCCACGCUUGUCGUCUUCUUCACUACUAUGGCAAGGAUGACAUCGCCAUUUCUGGGUUCAACUUGUGGCGACUCCUGUUCAUUGCCGUGAGGAUAGUGACAGUGCUCAUCUCAGUGGUGACUCUAUGGUUUGGUCUUGGCAUGGUCAACCGGGAGUUGGCAAGGCAGAAGGCAGAAGCUCCGCCCAUUGACGAGGAAGAGGGUAUGGUCAACGAGUCAGCUGAUCCUCCUAUUGACUUCACCGAGUUGCCAUACAGGUUGUCUGGUCUCGGUUUCAUUGUUAUACUCCAACUGUGGAUUGGCUGGACCUUCAUCAACUAUCAGAUGAUUAGAUCUUCGGCCACAGGGACUGAGGGAGCCAACGGAACAGCUGCUCCCCCCAAAUUGACCAAGGGGAGCGCCAAGACUGGGAAAUCACCCAAAGCCAGCUCAAGCAAGCCCAAGCAGUCGUGAUGUUUCAGAACUAAACAGUAUAGGUCUUUCAUUGAAACGCUAUAUAAUUAUAAUUAUUACUUUUACAUUAUAUGACUUGUAUUAGAAGGUGCACUCUGUGCUGCUUAUAAUUAAAAUUCAAAUACGUUA